CCGAAAUCAUCAAAAAUGUUUUUUAUAAGUCAAGGAUAAACAAGUAACCAAUCCGUGCAUAUUUUAAGAACUUUGAAAUCUAAUUAACAUGACUAAACACGAAAUAAGGCUCCUUUUUUUACAGAAACAAAUCCUUUUUACAUUUGUGAGGCUUAAGAAAAUAUUGAAAGUGUGGAAGAAUAUGCAAACGCAACAAAAUUGUAAGACGUAGAAAUUGUUUGCAAAUCCUGUACUAUAUUUCUUUCUUACAGUUAUAAUAUAAAAUAUAGCGUAAAAUCGAAUAAUUGAAAAUAAGUAUGGACAGUGCAGUAAAACAAGAAGAAAUAAUGGAAGGUUAUGAUGUGGAGGUUGCUGGUGAUGUAUUUAAAGAUGCAUAUUGUAUUAUUUGUUUGAAGUUGAUGCGUGAUGCUAUUCAGAUGAACUGUGGACAUGGAAUGUGUAAAGCAUGGUUUCAUGCAUUGAGCGAAUCAUGCAGACAAAGGUGAAAAGAAUAACCUUUUUAAACACUGUUGCACUUUAAAAAUGAAAAACAUUGGUAGAUAUUAAAAGUUCAAUGAUCUUUACCUUAUUUCUUGUUACAGAAACAUUGAGUUGGUUUGUCCAUCGUGUCGAAAAAAUGUCAAUAAGGAUCAAGUAUUUCACAACUCAAUGCUUGAUAGAAUCAUAGCUGCAAUAAAAGUGAAAUGUACAAAUAAUCAACUUGGUUGUGAAUGGAAUGGAGAAUUGCAGAUGAUGGAGGAUCAUCAGUCUACUUGCAAAUAUCAAAUGGUAGAAUGUCCGUUUGAUGGAUGUAAUGAAGAAAUGCAAAGACAAGCAUUACAUAAACACAAAUCAAUUUGUGAAUAUAGAGUAAUACAAUGUGAUUAUUGUACUGAAUCAUUUCUUCCAAAUGAACUUCAAAAUCAUUUUGAAGUUUGUGAAUAUUAUCCUGUUACAUGUUCAAAUCAUCUGUGUUCAGAAUUGGUUCCAAAGUGCAAGAUUGAAAAUCAUCUUUUAAAAGAUUGUUUAUACCAACUCAUUGAUUGUUCAUUCCAUUCAAUUGGCUGCUCUGUAAAGGUCUUACGUAAAGAUUUGAAUCAACAUUUGAUCGAGUGCAACCAACAACACAUGUUGUUCUUGUUACAAGAUUCUCAUUUGAAGAAUAAAAUGAUUGAACAAUUACAAAAUGAAAACAAAAUGAUUAGAUUAGAAGCUGCUGAAAGUGAUCACAAAUUGCUCACAAAGAUUGAAGCAUUAGAAAAUAACAUCACUUCUGUGAGAGAAGAAGUUGAGGUGACUAACAGAAAAUUGAAUGAAUACAAAGAACAAUAUAAAAAUAUCAUCUCAAAGUUAAAAAACAUUGAACAGAAAUUUCAAACAUUAACUUGUCUUACUCCAGAUGAAUUAACCGGACUUUUUCCAGAUACAACAAAUAAAAAAAGUAACCAAAUAAAUGUCCAAAGUGAAGUUGUAAAUGGGCAGUUAAAUCUAGUGCAAAAAGUUAGCAUGGUUACUGAGACAUUCCAUCUGACACGGGAACAGGAAAUUGAAAGUGCAUUAAAACUUUUUCAAAUUUCUCACAAACAGUAUCUUGAUGAGUGUUCUUCAAGGGAACUUUCAAGUCUUUCUGGUGCUUCAGAAACUGUAAAAAGUGGAUUAGCGUUGCCUGUAACAUACUGGGAUAUCUUUAUGGAUACCUUAACACAAAAUUCUAAAGUUUUUAAUUUUCAAAAAAUGUCAACAAUAUCGGAGUUAUGUGAUCUUUUAAAAAGUCCGCAAUGCAGUGCUCGUUCCAUGUUUGGAACAAAGAACUAUUUUGAGAGAAAUAAUUGCGUUUAUGUUAGAUGUAAAUAUUCUGAUGUGGCUGGCCAGUGUAAAGAAAUAAAAACCACUAAUCACAAAAUUUUAAUAAAGAAUCACCAUUCGACGAUAUAUGUCAGAGAUAAAAAAAUGAAAGAGGCAUACUUAAUUAGUAGAACUCGUGAAAAAGUAAAAUUAAGUCCUGAUGACGAGGGUGAUCAUGGCAGUUCGGUGUAUGAUAGCUUAGUAUAUCAUAAAUACAUCGUAAAUGAUUGGUUUUUAUUAGAAAUUAUGUACUAAUAUUUUUAACUAUUGUGACAUGAUGAGUAACAAUUUAAAAAAAAAACUUUUGUUAUGUGUUGUUUCUGUAUAUUAACAUGAUAUUUUUGCUGUUUUUUUAUUACGUAAUACUUUUAUAUAUAUCGUUGUAUUAUUUCUUGUAAGUAAUAAUGUUUUUAAAUAUGGGAAAGGAUUUGACAAAGCUUUGUAUAGAAUAAACUCGCUAUUGCUCAGUGCGGGUACCACGUGAUUAUAAAAAUGUAUUUAGUAAUCGUAUUGACUUGAAAGUCUAAAGUUUCGAUUCUUAAUUUGUUUCUGGCUAAAUAGCACAGGAUGCAGUAGAAUUAAAUUUAAAGUAUUGAUCUGUCUAUUAAAAUUAGUAUUACAUUUAUAUUGUAACUCUUUUAAGUAGGUAAUUUUUUUUGUACUAUGCUUGUAGCUUUGUUUUCAGUGUAAUCACAAUGUUUUUGUAAAUUUCUAUAUCGCUAUGAAUUAUAUGAAAUUGUUUAAUUAAA